AUGGCCGCUAAAACUGGAAUUGCUGUAGGUUUGAACAAGGGUAAGAAGGUCACUUCCAUGACCCCAGCUCCAAAGAUUUCUUAUAAGAAAGGUGCUGCCUCUAACAGAACUAAAUUUGUUCGUUCUUUAGUCAGAGAAAUCGCUGGUUUAGCCCCAUACGAAAGAAGAUUGAUGGAUGUUAUCAGAAACGUCGGUGAAAAAAGAGCCAGAAAGGUCGCCAAGAAGAGAUUAGGUUCUUUCGGUAGAGCUAAGGCUAAGGUUGAAGAAAUGAACAACAUCAUCACCGCUUCCCGUCGUCAUUAA